GACACCAACUCGGGAGCCCCUCCUGUUUGUUAAUGACCUUUUUUAGUAGACCAACUGCAGAGACUCAGCACCAAGGAGUUUCAGAACAGAGGACAGCGCUCCCCCGACCACCAAACAUGGGACAGACACACCAGACCGAGCAGAAUGACCCGGAGAUCGAUGUCAAGGCGCUCCAGGACAUGUACAAAAAGUUUGUGACAGAAUGCCCGAGCGGUGUUUUAUUUAUCCACGAGUUCAAGCGUUUUUUUGGCAUCGACCCAACUGGGGAAGUCUCUGAGUAUGCGGAGAGCAUGUUUCGAGCUUUUGACAAGAAUGGGGAUAACACCAUUGAUUUUCUGGAGUUUGUGGCAGCCUUGAAUCUGGUCUUCCGGGGGGACUUGGAGCACAAAUUACGCUGGUCAUUUAAAGUAUACGACAAGGACGGCAACGGCUAUGUAGAUAGGACAGAACUGCGAGCUAUUAUUGAUAGUAUAUAUCGAUUAAAGAAGACGUCCAAGAGAGAGCAGGAGGAUAUGCAGCUGUCGGUGAAUGAAGUGUGUGAAAGAAUACUGAAGACUGUGGAUGUGGACAGGGACGGUCACAUCACCCUGGAGGAGUUCAUCAAGGGGGCCCAGGGAGACCCAUGGAUCAUGAACAUGCUCCAACUGGACAUGAACCCUUAUGGCUGGGUGCUGGAACAGAGAAGGAAGAGCGCACACUUUUAAAACGUCUGGAAAGACAUCUUCAUUUAACAGUUUUCUUCAUUUUUUCCCCCCUUUUUUUCUUAAACUAAAUUAGGUUCCAAAUCAAAGCACAUAAUAGGAAAAAAUACAUUGCAGAUUCAUUCGGAUUGUUUAAGCUAGUUUUAAUUAUAAGGACAGGAAUGGUUGUGUCGUUUACCUUUCAUAAAUUCCAUGAGAUCUUCAUUCUGAGUGAACCUGCAGUGCAGUUUUUCUUCAUCUGUAGAUGAUCUCAUUUGGGCCAUAUGACUUAAUAUGACUUAAAACAAUGUCAGUUCCACUUGAACUACUUUUCAGAAUGAAACAAACAGACAAUCAUAAUAUCAAUACAAAAUAUAAAAUUCCCAGUUCAUGCUACAAAACCAACUUAAGAGGUUUUAAAAAUAGGGUAUAUUUCACUCAAGAUUCCAUGACAUACAGUAAGGCAUUGUUGGGAGAAUAGAUGGAUGCAGUUCAAUGCAUGAGUAAUAUAAUUCACCUAUUACAGUGCAUUCAGAAAGUCUUCAGACCCCUUGACUUGUUCCACAUUU